AUGUCGACAUCUCAAAAACGAAAAGCUGAGGAAGAUAAUAUUCAAUUGUCUUCGAAAUCAUUUAAUAAAAAAAAUCGUGCAUCGAUUAAUAAUGAUCAAACUAUGAGUGGAAAUUCUAAUCCAACUAUUACUCAACCACAUUAUUCACCACUUUCAUAUUCACAUAGACCAUCAUCAUCAGAUACACCACAAAUAUGGAAUCCAACCGAUAGUCUUAAUUCAUCAUUUUCAUCGACAUCUUCAAAUUCUGAUUAUGAUUCAAUAUCUCAAUCAUCAUCGUAUAGAUUAGAAAUGAGAAAUCAGAAGAAUUCUACAACAGUAUCAGAAGAAUUGUCAGCGAUUUCUAAUAUAAGUUAUCAACCAAUUAUGAAAGAAGAUCAUGAUAGUAAAAGAGAAUUAUCACCACCAUUGAAUCAUAUACAACCACAAAAGAAAAAGAUGAAAGCUGAUGGAAUAUCAACGUUAAAAACAUCGGAUGCUGUAGAUAAAAUGAUGCAAAAAAUGGGUUAUGAUAAAAAUCGUGGUCUUGGUCUUAAUGCACAAGGUCCAACAAAAAUCAUUGAAGAAAGUAAACAAAAAGGACAUCGUGGUUUGGGUUAUACCAACAAAGGUUUCAAUGAUAUUGCAGCCGAAUGGGAUUAUGAUACUGAUCCUGCUCCAAUUGAAGAAGAAGUUCAUUGGUGUCCAUCUAGUGAUCAAACAGAAAUUCCAUUAAAUCUUGAUGAUAUGCGUGAAUGGAUUAAACUUGGACCAAAAAAGAGAGUCAUCGAUGAUGAAAUUGAAUUUUGUGAUGAAUCUAUUCUUAAAGAAAUGCUCAAUGGAAAAAGUAUAUUCGAUGAAUUAGCACAAAAAGAAAUGGAAGAAGCUCGAACACGUAGUAAUGUCUAUGAAAUAAUUGGACAAUCAAUUUUUCUUAAUCGAGCUGCAGUUAAAAUGGCAAAUCUUGAUGCUGUUUUUGGACGAAUGUUUACUGAUCCAAAAACUCCUAAUAAUCAAAGAUCACUUGUUCAUCCUGAUGAACCAUUUUAUUUUGCUGAUAUUUGUGCUGGUCCCGGUGGUUUCAGUGAAUAUAUUUUAUGGAAAAAACAAUGGCGUGCUAAAGGAUUUGGUUUUACUCUGAGAGGCAAGUCAGAUUUUGCUCUUCAUAAAUUUCUUGCUGGUGCACCUGAAACGUUUGAUCUGUAUUAUGGUGUAAAAGAUAUUGAAGGUGAUGGUGAUAUAUUUAAAUCGGAAAAUAUCGAUGCUUUACAAAAUUAUGUAAAUAAAUGUACAAUGCAUCAAGGUGUACAUAUUGUUAUGGCUGAUGGAGGAUUUUCGGUUGAAGGACAAGAAAAUAUUCAAGAAAUUUUAAGUAAACAAUUGUAUCUAUGUCAAUUUUUAACUGCUCUAUCAAUACUUCGACCAGGUGGUCAUUUUGUUUGUAAAUUAUUUGAUAUAUUUACUCCAUUCAGUGUUGGACUUGUUUAUUUAAUGUAUCGAACAUUUGAUAAAAUAUCUAUACAUAAACCAGUUACUAGUCGACCGGCAAAUUCUGAACGAUAUAUUAUCUGUAAAGGUCUUCGUGGUGAUGUUCGAGAUAUAGUUCGUGCAUAUAUGUAUGAAAUAAAUGCAUUACAGAAUAAAUAUGGAAUUGAUAGUGAAAGUAAUGAUGUUGAAUCUAUUGUUCCAAUGGAUAUUUUAAAAGGAAAUGAAAGUUUUAAUGAAUAUAUACGAAAGUCAAAUGAUGAAAUGGGUGAACAUCAAAUAAGAAAUUUAAAAAAAAUUCGUGCUUUCGUUAGUAAUACAUCUUUGAAAGAUUCUCGACAACAUGAUAUUCGUCUUCAAUGUCUUGAAUAUUGGCAAUUACCUAAUGAACCACGACAAAAACCAAAAAGAUUAAUGUGUGAUGAAGUACAAUAUAAUCUUUUUCAACAACUUGAAAAUGGUGUUAAUAAUAUGCUUUUAAAUACACCAAAUCUGUUUAAAAAUUCUGUUCUUGAUCAGCAUCGAAUACAAUCAUUAUUUGAUUAUCGAUGUGUUUUUUCAUUAGGUGAUCCUGUUUUACUUUUAUCAUGUGGCCGAGGUUUUGUUUUUUCCCGGGCAUUAAAAACGACUAAUAAACAAUGGUCACCACUUCAAAAAGGACAAUUUAAAAUUGAAUUACCACCGUAUACAUUAGUACUUGCUGAAUUAGUACAGGAACAAUUUAGUGAUGGUAGAAAUAUUCGACAACGUCCAGCUGUUUAUAUAAUUGAUGCAUAUUAUAUUGGAAGUGAAAAUAUGCUUAUUCAAAAUGGACAACCAGUAGUAUUCAUGGAUCGUUAUCGUUCAUUGAAAUUAUUUGAAAAAACAAUUAAUAAACCAGCUCGAAUUGAUCUUGUGCCUAUUCGAAUUAGUGACCAAUUACGUAUGGAACAAAUGGAUGUACAAUUUGAAAAAUUGUGUCCUCCUGAUUCACUGAAACAAAUUGAUAACGAAAAAUUAUUCUUUACUAAUACAAAUAUUCCAAAUAAACCACGUGUAUCAGUUUGUGGUUUAUGGAUAUUUAAAUUUGUACAACAUCCAUGGACACUUAUAUUAAGUAAAUCUACACAAUCGAAAUAUUUUCAUAAUCAAGUGACUCGCGCAUCGUUACAACAUGCUCCACCAGAUUCGUCUCAUGUAGCUCCAUUAAAAUCAAUGCUUGAAAACAGUUUCUAUUGGGAUUUUAAUAGUCGUGAUGAUUCUGUACAAAAAUCAAAUUUUAUUUCAUUUAUUCAUGGAAAAAAUCAUGAAUUACAAUCACAACAACGUAUUAGCAAUCAUACAACUACUAGUGGUAGUCAUUAG